UUGUCCCGUCGGUUUCAGAUCAAUUCCUGCAUCCUGUGAACAGAGCAUGCAAAGGCUCCCGGGAGCAGUGAGUCCAGUUAGCAUUCCACGGGUACAGGCAGUGGCCGUGCAUACGGCUAAAUUUAGACGCUAAUUUUCACUCCGAACGUGACAUGAAUGACUGAUCACAGACCGUUUUGGAAUUAUGCUGACAAAGGACAAAGAAAAAUACACCUCCCGUUGAUAGCACCGACAUGUGGUAGGGAACAUGGGGGACUGGAACCUGCUGGGGAGCAUUCUAGAGGAAGUCCACGUCCACUCCACCAUCGUGGGCAAGAUCUGGCUGACCAUCCUCUUCAUCUUCCGCAUGCUGGUGCUCGGUGUGGCGGCCGAGGACGUCUGGGUGGACGAGCAGAGCCAGUUCGUGUGCAACACGGAGCAGCCGGGCUGCAAGAACGUCUGCUACGACCGCGCCUUCCCCAUCUCGCUCAUCCGCUUCUGGGUGCUGCAGAUCGUCUUCGUCCUCGCCUCGCCUGCCUACAUGGGCCACUGGCCACCGCACCGGGCGCGCUACCGGAAGGAAGGGCGCCACAGGAGGAAGGUCCAGCUGCGGGCCGAGCUGGAGGAGAUGGAGCCCCUGCUGGACGAGCACAGGAAGCUGGAGAAGGAGCUCAAGAGACUGGAGGAGCAGAAGAGGGUGAAGAAAGCUCCUCUGCAGGGCUCGCUCCUCCGCACGUACGUCAUUCAUAUCCUAACCCGAUCAAUGGUGGAGGUGGGCUUCAUAGUGGCUCAAUAUAUCUUAUACGGCAUUGGCCUGAAUCCCUUGUACAAGUGUGAGACUUUGCCCUGUCCCAACAUGGUGGACUGUUACGUCUCCCGGCCGACGGAGAAGACGAUCUUCAUGGUGUUCAUGAUUGUGAUCGCGUGCGUGUCCCUGUUCCUGAACCUGAUGGAGAUAUCGCACCUGGGUGUGAGGAAGAUCAAGCAGACGUUGUCGGGGCUGCAGUCGGCCGGCGGUCACAGCGGCGGCGGAGGUGGAGGGGACAGCCCUGGCCACCUGCCCUACAAGCCCGGCCUGCAGCAGCUGUGCGUGGUCACUAACAUGUCCCCGCAGAAGAAGUACCCCACGCUGGGGCAGACGAGCUACACGCACGAGUGCCACGGCGAGCCGCCUCCGCUCUACCUGGCCGCCAUGGACGCCAUACCCGGCGAGAUGCAGAGGGACAACAGCAUCGACGAGGGCGGAGGAGGUGGAGGCGGAGCUGGAGGCGGAGGCUGUGGUGGGGGCAGCGGUUACCCCGUCUCCUGCUUUGCCCAGCAGCCUCGGCAGCUGCGCUUGGCCAGCCAGGGCCGCAUCCAGGGCCUGCGCUUCCAGAUGCCCCUGGAGCAGCCGCCGCUGGGCCUGCAGCACGGCAUCUCCGAGAGCCAGUCCCAGCUCCUGCACUCCCACCACCAGCAGGACCAGCAGCAGCUCUCCCAGCAUCAGCUCCAGCAGGGUGGUGCCAGCGAGGCCGUGGGGGAGAGCCAUGGCCGGCUGGUAGGCUUGUCCCAUCAUCAGCAGCAGCAGCAGCAGCAGACCCACGAGUGUCCUCACCCUGGCGGCCCCCUGCAGGCCAACUACCUCUCCAUGCCCGCUCUGCCCACGCAGCUGACCCAGCACCUGACCCAGCACCGGCCCAGUCGCGUCCUGGACAUGCUGGAGGCCCGGAGGGACUCGUCGGACAGAGACGUGCUCUACCCGCCGCACCCGCGCAAGGCCAGCUUCAUGGCACGGCUGCCCUCGGACAGCGGCACGUCAGACGUGUCCAGCUGCCCGUCCAGCCAGAGUUUGGAGUCGGAGCUGGGCUCUCUCAACAACGUGCCCAUGAACCCGCCCGGGGGACGCAGAAUGUCAAUGGCAAGUAAAGCCAUGCGACUAAAGGCUUCUGACCUACUGGUUUAGAGAGGGAGCGGUCAGUUGCUCUCUAUGUCUUUUUGU